GGAUUAUUCAUCUUCAGGUAGUGAUAAGACUAUUAUAAAAUCCCAAACACUAAAAUCCAACAAUUUAACAUCUAAAAGGUUGAAGAAGAAGAAGAAACUUCUGAAAAAUGAGCAGGCGUUCUACUAAUUUUCCUCCAGGAAUUUGGCAGGCCAGGAGGGAACACGAUCGCCAGAGAUAUAACAGAAAUGAAUCAAACCGAACGAACUCCACACCUUCACACACUCAAUCAUUUCAGAAUUCUUACAGACAGAUAGAUCCAGUUCCAUGGAGACCUGCUGGGGAGACAGUGAUAACAAGAAUAUUGGACAUCGGCAGCCGUCCAGAAGAACCGCCUGCAAUAGUCAGAAUCAUCACACAUUCAAGACCAAGACAGCUUGAGGCCAGUCCAAUACCGGCGGAGCUAUACUCGCCAACUCCAAGAUCCGAAGGGAACUCGACGCUAACAUCUGAAGAGCAAAAUAUGGCACUGAAUAAGCUGAAGAAAAAAGUGUAUGAUCCUCCGAGUAACACAAGUAGGAGAAUAAGUUUCUAUUACAGAGAGAAUAACAGAGUAAACUCCAAUGAGAGGCACAACAGCAAUGGUGAUGAAGAAGGCAAGAGAUGCGCCGUUUGCCUUGAAGAUUUCCAGCCAAAGGAGGAGGUGAUGACGACGCCAUGCAACCAUAUGUUUCACGAACAAUGCAUAGUUCCGUGGGUGAAGAGCCACGGCCAAUGUCCGGUUUGCAGAUUUACCUUGUUCGAACGAACAGAGCGAAGAGGAUCAGCUUCUUCCAAUUUCAACAACAGUGUAUCAAUUGCGCCGCCUAGUAGCCUAGUGGACGAGGAGCUCGUGUACUUGAUACGAGCCAUGGAAGAGGCCCUGAUGCUACGAAAUGUGGCGGAAUUUUGGGGAGCAUGAAGUGCCAUCACGAUGCUCCCCAGAAAUCAACAUGAAGAAAACCGUAAAUUUGAAGGAAUGAUGAAAUCUGAUCACUAAAAAAUUAAUGUUGUGCUUUGAACAUGAAAUAAUUCGAGGAGAGAGCUCGUUGUAACCAUAAAAGCAUCCUCUUGGCAAUGACAUUUUGGAUCGAUAGAGUUUCUUCUCGAUCUCGCGAUGAUCAUGAAAUUCUUGGCGCCAAAACUCAUAUAUUUCAUCAUGCAAUUUAAUCGUACUAAUUUUCAAAUAGUUUACAGCCAAUAAUUGCUUUGAUUAUUGAUGUUUGAUGCAUUCAUCAUGUAAAGUGAAUAGAAAUCAAAAUAGAAUUUAACCUAA